AGUUCAAGCUUUCAAAUAACAACUAAAAGUUAAUUUUUAAGCGUUUUACAACUUCUUUACAGCUAUUCGCAAACAAACAAAAAACAUUUCAUUUGUAACAUAUGAUCGAUUAAAGAGUUUUUCUACAAAUAAGGUUUGCACCAGUCUUCUCUGAUCUAGCAUUAAGGGUUUAAUUUUUAUAAAUGAACGUUGCAUAUCAUUAAAUGGUUCCUUUUAGCCUAAAGUUAAGGUUUUAAUUGCUAUAAUUAUUGAAGCAUUAAAUCGUUAACAAGUAAAUAAUUGCAAAUACAUUGCAUUUUCUAAACAUUCGUCUUUAAUUGCAUCCGUUGACGCCACUACGUUUUGUAAGCUUUCUUCAUAAAUUGCAUCCAUUUUACAGGACAAGAGAAAAAAAAAAAUAACAACAGCAUGGAGAUUCUAGAAACUAAGAAAAACGAUUCAAUUCAACCAACCUCACAACUUUUGAUUCAACCCACUUCGCAAUUAUUAAGCAACUAUUUAGCCAAUUUCUUAAUUAAUGAGAUCAAUUUUGAUAAAACCUCAAAUGAAAUUGACUUAACAGAAACUACAAGUUGUAAAAAUUGUAAUCUUAACAGCUCUUUUUGGGAUUUCUCAAACAACCAUGGUCCAAACAACCAUAGUCAUGGUCCCGAACAAUGGCAGAAAAAAUGGAAUUUAACAACAAGACAAUCUCCAAUUGAUAUUGUUUUACAAAAUGUAGAACACGACAAAAAUUUAAAAACUUUAAGUUUGGAUUUUCAAAAAAUUUUAAUUGAUGUGACCAACAUUGGAUGGAAUGUAUCUUUUAAGGCUUAUAACAAUAGAAAAAUUUCAUUGAGCGGAGGGGCGUUGACUUAUAAUUAUGCUUUUCGCGAAAUGCAUUUUCACUGGGGAGAAGUUUACAAAGGUAAGUGCGAACUUGGUUGCGAACAUACUAUUGACGGCAAAAGAUACGCUGCAGAAUUUCAUGCAGUUCAUUGGAACACAGAUUUAUACACAACAGAAUCUGAUGCUAUUGCAAACCCUGAUGGUUUAGCUGUCAUUGGUGUACUCAUAGAUGCAAGUGAAUCGUACGAUGAGAACGAAGAAUUCAAAGUGUUUCUUGAGAUGUUUGAAAAAGUUCCGUAUAUGAACAAUAAUGCUUCGUUUAUAGUAGAUCCGUAUCUUUUGUUUCCUAAAAAUACAAAUCAUUAUUUUACUUAUCCUGGAUCUUUGACAAUGCCACCUCUUACAGAAAACGUCACGUGGACACUUUUUACAGAACCAAUAAAAAUCUCUAUCGAUCAACUGGAGAAGAUGAGCAAAAAUUAUCCUCAAGAAUAUUCUGAUUCAGAAUGUUUUUUUAAGUUUCAACGUCGAUCUGAAUCUACAACUAUAACCAAUAAUUAUCGAUCAACACAACCCUUAAAAGAUCGAGUGGUCAAAUCUUCAUUUGCAACAUAAGCAACAAAGUGGGACAUCUUUAUAUCAUUUUUUCAACGUGAUUUUUUUUUUGUAACGUUUAUAUAUGUUUAUUAAUUAUAAAAAUGCUAAUAA